AUGGAGGACGUUCAAACCCAACUUCUGCAGAACAUUCAUCAAGAGAUGAUCAACGGUUCGUUCAGUGACAUACAGGUGAUUUGUAGGGAUGGGAAAACAACCGGAAGUCGGCUCGUUCUGGCGGCGCUUUCCCCGUACUUCCGGACCAUGCUUACAUCAGACAUGGCAGAGAGUCGGACGGGCGUCCUGGAACUUCCCUCUGUGUCGCUGUCUGUGUUUCAGGACGUUCUAAAAAUGUAUUUCUGCAAAAUUAAUGUUGUGAACGAGGACAACUGCAUGCAUAUUUUAGACGCUGCCGAGAUGAUGCAGCUUGAUCCUAUCAAAAAUCUGUGUAACAUCUACCUGAACCAAAAUCUCGACUUAACUCCUCAAAAUAGUCUAAAUUGGUGGAGAACCCUGAAACUCUACAAUUUCCUUGAUUUGUCCAAUCAGGCACUUUCCUGUUUGACUGAUAACUUGGCUGAUUUUCUUAAAAUGGAAAAUGUUAUUCAUCUGUCAAAGCCAGAACUUUUGGAAAUAAUUUCCAAAGAUGACUUAACCUGUAAAGAAGAUGACAUUCUGAAAGUCGUCAUGAAGUGGAUUGAACAUAAUAAUCCAGAACAGGAGGACGUCCAGAGUAUUUUUGUAAAUGUGCGACUGGAUAUUGUUGGCCGACAAUUUCUUGUUAAUGAGGUAGCGUUUUCAAAGAUCGUUUUUGAGAAUAGCGCUGUGAGGGAAAUGAUACAACACGUUUUAUGUUCAGCCCUGCCACGACUUACAAGCACAUCAAGGUUUGUUGCCAACCAACCUGAUGUCUUCGUACUACAACACACUGGCAAGUUACUGCUGUCUUGUUUCACGUCAGAAGAGAAGUGGGAAGACGUCCCGCCAGCCCCAGUAGAUCUUGGAUCGGGUUAUUCAGCAGCGAGUUUGGAUGACAAGAUCUACAUCACUGGUGGUGGUAAACAAUCUAAAUGUACACUGGUGUAUGACACCAUUAGAAAAGUGUGGAACGUAGGCCCAGAUCUCAACCAUAGACACCGAUCUCACUGUACAGCUACAUCUAGCUCUACAUUGUAUGUUAUAAGCGGUUGGGCUACCCAUACAAUAGAAGAGAAGAGCGAGAGUGAGGAGCAGUGGCAGGUGGUUGGUGAUUUGGGAUUGAACAGAGAAUUCGCUUUUCCUGUCACAGUUGGUCAGAACAUUCUCGUUAUGGGAGGAGAUGUAAACGACAACCCGUCAGAUCUCAUCCAGUGUUUUAACACUAGAACCCGCACUGUCACCAAGCUGGAUACAAAGUUGCCUUGUACAUCCAUUGCACUAAGAGGAUCUGUUCACCUCCCAGAUGUAUAUCUGAAGGACUAUGUUGGCAACGUGAUGCACAUUCACGUCACUGACAGAAAUGGAAAAAUCCAGGUUGAGAGUAAACUAACAGCUAAGUGGAAAACAUUUCAGGUUGUUGACUUUGGUAUCGUUCACCGACAUGGAAAACUGUUGUGUUUUACAUACCAUGGAAUCAGUAUGUUCAACCUGGCUGAAGGGAAAGAAGAAAAGGGUACAUUCCCAAAACCACCUAGAACGGGUGCUGUGUACAACGUCGUGAUAAUUUGA